GAAGAGAGAGAGAGAAAGACAGAAAAAGAGCCAGAGACUAACCGAGUGGAGUGUCGACGUAAAAUUGUGAAGGAAAAGAGAAGAAUAUGAUUGUCAAGCAGCACUUGAUCUUUAUCCUUUACAGCCUCUGUGCAGACGUCUUUAAAGUGGCUGGGACAAAAAGCAAAGCGAAAGGUAGCCAAGGUCAGUUCCCCAUAACUCAGAAUGUGACGGUGGUGGAGGGGGGCACAGCCAACAUGACCUGUCGUGUGGAUUACAAUGAUAACACUUCCCUCCAGUGGUCAAACCCUGCACAACAGACCCUGUUCUUUGGGGACAAGAAAGCUCUGAGAGACCACAGAAUCGAGCUGGUGCGAGCUUCGUGGCAGGAGCUCACCAUCAGAAUUAGUGACGUCAGCCUGUCAGAUGAGGGCCAGUACACCUGCUCGCUCUUCACCAUGCCUGUCAAGACCACCAAGGCCUUUCUCACCGUUCUGGGAGUACCAGGACGACCGGAGAUCACUGGAUUCACCAAGCCUGCCAUGGAGGGGGAUGUAAUCACCCUGACGUGCACCACAGCGGGCAGCAAACCAGCUGCCAACAUCCGGUGGUUCCGAAAUGACAAGGAGGUCCAAGGCACUAAGGAGGUGAAUGCCACAGGAAAAUCAUUCACAGUGAGGAGUAGCCUCCAGUUCCAGGUGGACAGACGGGACGACGGCGUCGCCUACACCUGCAGCGUGGAGCAUGUGGCACUGUCCAACCCCUACAUGACAACUGAGGUCCUGGAGGUCCACUAUGCUCCCCAUCUGGAGAUCGCACAUUCACUGAUUAUUCCACAGGAAGGGCAAUACUUCAAAUUGGAGUGUGUUUCCAUAGGCAACCCAAUACCUGAACCGGUGCUGUGGUCUAAAGAUGGAGGAGAGCUGCCAGACAUUGAACGCAUGAUUGUGGAGGGCAGGGAGCUCACCAUCACCACACUAAACAAAACAGACAACGGCACAUACCGCUGCGAGGCCAGCAACCACCUGGGGACCAGCAGUGCUGAAUAUAUACUGUUUGUAUAUGAUCCUAAUGCUUUAGGACAACAUGGGCCUGACCACGCUUUAAUCGGCGGCGUUGUUGCAGUCGUGGUCUUCAUCACCUUGUGUUUGAUAAUAGUUCUUGGACGAUAUCUGGCCAGACAUAAAGGGACAUAUCUAACACAUGAGGCCAAAGGAGCAGAGGAUGCUCCUGACGCAGACACAGCCAUCAUCAACGCUGAGGGAAACCACGUGCAUGCAGAGGAAAAGAAAGAGUAUUUCAUUUAGACUUCUGUUACUGUUUUCCUUCGUUUCAUGACAACUUUUGACAGCAGACAUGCAAUUUAAAGCUGCCUCAGCGUCACUGUCAGUUUUACUUAUUAUUUACUUAUUAUUCUGUUGUCUUCUCCAGAAAGCUCAUGCUUGGAUAUGCUUGUUUUCAAAGCAUUUGCUGACAAUAUAGCCUUCUCCUUUUAUAAUCGAUGUACCCCGUGUACAAUUGGAUUAUUUCCAUUUCAGUUUUACAGUGCCUAAAUGCUGUAUAUUUUUCUGCGUUUCUUUUAUCGCUUGCAUUAUCUCCAUUCUCUCUUACUUCAGCCUGUUGUACAACCUUUUGCAGAUUUUUUAAAAUUCAUAGGAACGUGCUUCAACUUCAACUUAGAGUCAAGUCUUAGUUUUUCAAACUGUUUUGCUGAUGUUAAAUACAUAAAUUUAUCAAACAUUAACAUCUGAAAAAUCUUUUUAGGGAUUGGAUGGCCUUGGAUGUUGCCUGGAGUUUACCCCACCACAGCCAUACUGCACAUGCUUAAAAAAUCAUAAAGCAGGCCAGACACUUUGACAAAACAAAAUGUAGAAGCACAAUCUCUGUGAUUGUCUCUAGAUGAAAUCAGCUCCCUUUUAGCACUGUCUGUGUACCCCUGCAUUGAUUUAUUUUCAGUUGUUACUCAUGCUGUUGAUUUGUACCAACAGAGAACAAGUCAGAAAAUUAAAGCACAAAGUCUGAGGACUAACACAGAGGGAAAACACAUCCACUGUUUCUUGUCUCAGGAUUCAAUAUGAGUCUAGAUGGAGAGAUGGUGUCAGACACAUGAUGAGGAUUUCAGUAAACUAAAAGAUUUCAGUUGUCGUCAUGGGUGAGGAACUUUAAUUUUGGUUGGUGAUUUGAUGUAAGAUCCAAACUGAUUGAGUGGAACCUUGUGGGGGUUCGUUAUUUAUGUUGAAUUUUAUUGAACAACUAUGCUCAAUGUGUGGAUAUUGCUGUAAAAUACUUUGCUAACGUGAAUAUUGGUGAACAAUAUUGUUGAUUCUCGGGAUCCCUGACUCAUUACAAUUUGUAUAUUAGCAUAUGCAGUAUUUAAAGUAUUCCACAAGUCUUAAUUUUUUUCAUUUAUCUAACUAGACAUUGAUUUGCCACAAGAUAUGUAAAUAAUGUGUAAGUAUUCAAUUUCAGUAAAAGGAACACUGGUUAUAGCUUUUUCAGUUCAGUUCAUAUUAGUUCCCGUCACUUUGAUGAGAUUGUUUUCACACUUUUCAAGAUUUCUUCAAAUGGGGAUUCUAAUGAAUUGCUUAAAAUGUAAACAAAAAAAAAAAAAACAUGCAAAA